AUGCGCAUCGCCGCCUACAGCCAAGCAGCGGAGAAGGCUUCGAGGCGAGGGUUGGGCAGCCAGCACGCAGCUCCAGGAUCAGGCAACGCCGUGUGGCAUCAUCCUUGCCGCAAGGCACCUCUGCCAGAGUCGCCGAGCCGAGUCAGUCCGGAGCGCGGUGCGUCCGACAGCUCGCUGCCUAUGCCUAUGCUUGACGACAUGCGCGAUGAUCUUGUCGACGACAACGACAGCGCAGGGGAGGAAGUGGCUUCUACAUCGAGGCGCCUCUUCGAAACACCCGAGUGCAAGGGUCGCACGUGCGCGGAGAAUCCGAAGCACCGGAUCUAUGAGGCUGGCAUCCACGCCGGGAACGUUGAACGGCUUUGGCGCUCUUCGUCAGAUCAUCCGCCGAGCCCGUCCGAGACAGUCGCCAGCUCGGCCUGGUCCCUGCGAUCCAGGCGUCACCGUUCUGGCAAUCCGCUGAGCACUCAGCAGCUCGAGACCUUGCAGUCCUUCGCAGCGCAGCAGCAGCUGCAAGAGCGAAGGGACUACAACGCAAGGAACUUCCGCAAGGCCUUGGCGGGCGUAGGCCUCGUGGUCCCCGUUGCAAGCACGAAGGCUUUGACAGAAGCCUCCGGCCCUACACUAAUUACUCCUCAACGCCGCCGGCCACGGGUUACGACGACACCGGAGAAAGACCGCUGGGAUGAUCGGACUUCCUGUGCAAGGACAUUCGAUGGCCUGCCGCUCCGAACU